AUGGCGGCAGCCUCGUCCAUCCGGCCGCCGAGCGUUCACUCCUCCCUCACCCGGCACAGAGCACUCUUCCCGGUGAUGGACAGCCUCGAGAGCCGGCAGCCGGAGUACGAAGAGGCGGCGAGGAGAGCGCAGCCCUCCGAGCCGGGGAUAAGUCUCCGAGACCUGCCGGACCUGGAGCGGGUGGAGGUGGAGCGGAGGCUGGCCAAAAGUCGGCUGGAGCUGAGCAACAGGAGGAAGAUCCUGAUGAAGAACCUGCCGCCGGACACCACCAACCAGGAAGUCCAUGAAAUUCUGAAAGGGUAUGAGCUGAAGUACUGCUUUGUGGACCGCAGCAAAGGCACAGCCUUUGUGACUUUGCUGAACGGGGACCAGGCUCAGGAUGCCAUCCGCUCCCUCCACCACAGCACUGUCCGAGGACGCCUGAUCAACGUCACCCUGCAGCCCACCGAUUCCCUGCUUUGCCUCACCAACCUGCCCCACACUUUCACCGCGCAGCAGUUUGAGGAGCUGGUGCGCCUGUAUGGAAACAUCGAGCGCUUCUUCCUGGUGUACAGUGAGCUGAGCGGCCAGUCCAAAGGCUAUGGGUUUGUCGAAUAUAUGAAGAAGGACUCUGCUUCACGGGCCCGCUCGGAGCUGCUGGGUCGACCACUGGGGGGUCGCUCACUGAUGGUGCAAUGGAUGGAUGUAAACCAGCUGAGCCAAGAGGAGGACAUGCACUCAAAGUGUCUGUGCGUGGAUCGACUGCCACUGGACCUCUGUGAUACUGAAGAACUCACCCAGAUCUUUUCUGACAGAUAUAAACCCAUCUUCUGCCAG